AUGUCGAAGCUGAGAGCAGGCAUCAUAAUAAUCUCGGAGACAGCCAGCAAGGACCCUUCUACCGACAAAGGUGUCCCUACACUCCGAGAAGUCUUCGUAGAUAAAGGUGGCGACCAAUGGACCGCCGAUGACACCAGCAUAGUCCCUGAUAACGUGCUGGAUAUCCAACGGGCCAUAACGCAAUGGACAGAUACUACCGAUCCGCUGAACCUGAUCAUUACCAGCGGAGGUACAGGUUUUGCAGAGAAAGAUGUCACCCCAGAGGCAGUAACACCUUUACUCCAUAAGAAUGCGGCGGGACUAGUACAUACUAUGUUGGCCGCAUCACUUGCUAUCACCCCAUUUGCCGCGAUGGCUCGACCAGUAGCAGGUGUCCGAAACAGGACACUGAUACUGACGCUUCCAGGCUCGCCCAAAGGUGCCAAGGAGAAUCUCGAGGCCGUGCUGAAGCUCUUACCGCAUGCUUGCCAACAGGCAGCUGGAGCUGACUCUCGCACGCUACAUGUUGGAGGUGUAAAGAAACUUGAGAAAGAUGCAGGCGUUGCAGCCUCCCCUCAAGCCGAUCUUGCCAAGCAUGAUCACUCUCAGUCCCACUCCCAUGACCACUCACACCAUGGCCAUGGUCAUCAUCACGGACCUCGAGCACAUACCAAGCCAGAACACAGACCCGCUCUUUCCAACGACCCUAGCGCAGGACCAACGCGACGAUAUCGCGAAUCGCCCUACCCAAUGCUCUCUGUAGACGAUGCAUUGGCGCAAAUUGCGGAGCACACACCAGCACCGAAAUCAAUUGAGGCCCCUGUUACUGAAUCUAUUGUCGGUGCAGUUCUGGCCAAGGAUGUAGUCGCAGCCGAAUCAGUCCCAGCGUUUCGUGCCAGCAUAGUCGACGGCUAUGCAAUCGUGGCUUCCGACCACCCUAUGGUUCCCAGCACGAAAGGUCUCUUCCCAGUCGUGGGAAUAUCCCAUGCCGAAGCUGGGAAGGACAUCCCCAAACUGGAGAUUGGCGAAGUCAUGCGGAUCACCACCGGUGCACCUCUUCCUCCAGGCGCCACAGCAGUCGUAAUGGUAGAAGAUACAGUACUUCGUCAAAUGACCGACGAUGGCAAGGAAGAAGGCGAAAUCGAAAUCCUCACUGACGCAAUCAAGCCUGGCGAGAACGUCAGAGAAAUUGGCUCAGACGUGCAAGCCGGCUCGAAAAUCCUCGCAGCUGGAUCCGCAAUCACAUCCAUAGGCGGAGAAUUCGGCUUGCUAGCUUCAGUCGGUGUGCAAAACGUAACAAUCUACUCUCGUCCACGCAUCGGCGUCCUCUCGACCGGCGACGAAAUCAUCCCUCACACAACCACGCGCCCCCUCAAACUAGGCCAAGUCCGGGACACAAACCGUCCAACCCUCCUCACCGCAAUCCGAGGCCAAGGCUUCGAAGCCAUCGACCUAGGCAUAGCCUCCGACACUCCAGGCGCUCUAGAAGAAACCCUCCGUUCCGCCCUACGUUCCUGCGACGUAAUCAUCACCUCUGGAGGCGUCAGCAUGGGCGAACUCGACUUAUUAAAACCCACCAUCGAACGCCAACUAGCCGGCAAAAUUCAUUUCGGUCGCGUGAGCAUGAAACCAGGCAAACCCGCAACUUUCGCCACCAUACCCCUAAAAUCUAAUUCGGGGGACGAUGAACGGAAAGUUAUCUUCAGUCUCCCGGGAAAUCCGGCUUCGGCGAUCGUGACUUUUCAUCUUUUCGUGCUUCCUUCGUUGCAUAGAUUUUGUGGGAUUUCUCCGGUGGGACUUCCGAAGGUGAAGGUGAUUGCGACGUCGGAUUUUAAGUGUGAUGUUCAGAGAGCGGAAUUUCAUCGUGUGGUUGUUACGGCGAGAGCGGAUGGGCUGCUUUAUGCUGCUUCGACGGGGUUUCAGAGGAGUUCGGCGAUUGGGAGCUUUAAGGGAGCGAAUGCUCUGCUUUGUUUACCGACUGAUAGGACAGUUGUGAAGAAGGGGGAGAAGGUUGAUGCUUUGCUGAUGGGAAGGGUAGGGAGUGAGGUUGGAGUGAAGGCGGAAUUGUGA